AUGACUUCAUUGACGACAGCAGUGCCAUCCACAGUACUACUGUCAACAGUAGUGCUCAACAUCACCGAUCGUGCCGGAGUUAGCCAUCCAGCAAGAGCUCUCUUGGAUAGCGGAGCCAACUCCAACUUCAUCACUGGCAGGAUGGCACAGUUCCUGGAAUUGCCGCGGAAGCUGAUCAAUCUUCCGCUAUCAGGCAUUGGUGGCAGUACAAGAUCGAAUGUGCGACAUUCCAUCGAAACCACCAUCCAUUCUCGAUGCUCGAGCUAUGCUGCGUCAUUGGAGUUGCUUGUGUUACCAAAGCUGUCAGCAGACAUACCAACUCAACGGAUCGACAUCAGCCACUGGAAGUUACCGGAAACCUGCGUCUUGGCUGAUCCAUCCUUCAAUCGGCCAGGAACCAUUGACAUCAUCUUGGGAGCAACACACUUCUACGAGAUCCUGAGGACCGGACGACUCUCCCUGGGUGACAGUAUGCCAACUCUUCAGGAAACUGAAUUUGGUUGGGUAGUCAGUGGCAGUGCUACCAUCACCGAACCCAUGUCACCGGUAAUGUGUGCGGUGGCAACACACACGAACGAGUUGGACAAUCUGAUGAAGCAGUUCUUCGCCAUCGAAGACCUGAGCAACACACCGAGCUGGAGCAUCGAGGAACGAGCCUGUGAGGAUCAUUACACGGCAACCACCACACGAGAAGAGGAUGGCAGGUACAUGGUUCAGCUUCCACGCAAGCCAGAGAUGAUUGGCAAGCUUGGCGAUUCAAGGACUAUCGCACUUCGACGGUUCCUAGCACUAGAACGUCGACUUCAACGGGAGCCCGACACCCAACGUGCCUAUGUGGACUUCAUGGAUGAGUACCUUCGCUUAGGUCAUAUGAGCAAGGUGGCAGCUUCUUCAAAGAACGAUGAAUCGUUUUAUCUACCACAUCAUCCGGUCUUCAAGAACGACAGCACCACGACGAAGUGUCGAGUGGUGUUUGACGCAUCGAGUAAAUCCUCAACGGGUGUGUCGUUGAACGACACACUAAUGGUCGGGCCGACCAUUCAACAAGAUGCUACUUCUAUUUUACUGCGGUUCCGGACUCAACCAAUCGCGCUUACCGCUGACGUCACAAAAAUGUACCGGCAGGUUUGGAUUCAUCCAAAGGACCGGUCACUGCAACGCAUCAUUUGGCGGAAUUCACCCAACGAUCCCAUUCAAGAGUACGAGCUCAACACGGUAACAUAUGGGACAGCAUCCGCUCCAUUCCUGGCAGUCCGCUCGUUGCAACAAAUCGUAGCGGACCAUGGAGGAGAGUUUCCAGCCGCCGCAAAACGUUCCUGUGACUUCUAUGUAGAUGACUUCGUUUCCGGCGGGCAAUCAUCUGAAGCGGCGCAGAUGCUGCAGCUGCAAACUGAGCAACUUUACGCAAGUGCAGGAUUCGAGCUGCGGAAGUGGGCGUCCAGCGACCCAUCAGUACUCCAGAACGUGAACCAGGAGAAGUUAGCAUCCAGCCCUUAUGCUACCAGUGGAUCGAAGGGACUUCUCGCCACCCUCGGGUUGAUUUGGGACCCAACAUCUGACACGUUGCAGUUCAAAAUCAACACCCCAUACGUGAUUGGGGCAAUCACCAAAAGAAAGGUGCUAUCGUGCAUCGCUAGGAUCUAUGAUCCUUUGGGCAUCGUCGAUCCCGUAAAAGCCAUGGCCAAGCAGUUCCUCCAACGCAUCUGGACCCUGCAAACGGAACAGCAACAGCCCUGGGGAUGGGAUGACGAGUUGCCACAUCAUCUACAAGGAGAAUGGAUCAACUUCCACAACCAGUUGAUACAUUUACAAAAUCUACACAUUCCUCGUGUAGCCAUCAGGCCAGAUUCGACAUCAAGCCAGUUCCAUUUUUUCUGCGAUGCAUCGGAAAAGGGAUAUGGCGCAUGCUGCUACAUCAGAAGCCGAGAUGACAACGGAAACAUCACGAUGCAACUGUACGCGUCGAAAACUAAGGUGACACCGAUAAAUAGCAAACACUCCAUUGCUCGACUAGAAUUGUGCGCUGCACAAUUGGCCAGCUUGCUAUAUGAUCGGGUCAGAUUAGCGGUCAAGCUCUCGUCUCCUGCAACUUUCUGGACGGAUUCCAUGACCGUAGUUCAUUGGUUACGAGCAUCGCCAAAUUGCUGGAAACCAUUCGUCGCCAAUCGUGUCUCCCAAGUGCAACACUUGACCCAAGGAAGUGUUUGGCGGCACAUCCCCGGAGUCGACAAUCCAGCGGACUUAGCAUCGCGUGGUUGCUUGAGUAAGGACCUUCUCAACAACCCGCUAUGGUGGCAGGGUCCUUCCUGGAUUCAUCUACCCGAGGACCAGUGGCCUGAAUCACCAGUAUCAUCAUCAUGUGAAGCAGCAGUAGCAGAGCAGCGAGUCACCAUAGUAGCUUGUCCAGCUACAGAAAAACCACCACAUCGCAUCUUUACGCUAUACUCGUCAUUCUCCAAGCUUCGAAGGAUUGUGGCAUAUUGGGUGCAAUACUUCAACAGGCGCUUCAAGCGUCGACAGUACGCGGGUAUUGGACUUACAACCCAAGAUCUACGGGAGGCUGAGGAAGUAUUGUGUCGGCUGGCACAACAGGACCAAUUUGAGCAAGAAAUAAAGGCUCUUCAACAUAACAAGCCGAUACCUUCAUCAUCGAAGCUGAAAUGGCUGCAUCCGCAGCUAGGAGCAAACGGCAUCAUUCGCGUUGGAGGACGUCUGUCCAAUGCACCUCUACUAGAAGACAUCAAGCAUCCAAUCUUGGUUCCCAACAACCAUCCAUUGGCUGAGUUACUAAUGGACCACUUUCAUAAAACUCGACUCCAUGCGGGGCCACAACUGAUGCUGAGCAACAGUCGCCAACGAUACUGGAUCCUUCAGAGACGCUAA